GCUGCCCAGGGCCCCAUCCAACCUGGCCUUGAACACCUCCAGGGAUGGAUGGGGCCUCCACAGCCUCUCUGGGCAGCUGUUCAGCACCUCACCACUCUCAUAGUGAAGACCUUUGAGAAUGGCCUGCAUGCCCAUUUCAUAGCCGCUCUCAGAACAGGAAGCCUUACAGUCACUGGGAGCUAUGGAAUGAUUUAGGAUUUCUGUGACUUCUCCAGAGACAAACACCCCUCCUCCUGUCUGCCCUCCAGCACCAUCCUGAGUGAGGCCAGCAGCUCUGGGACAGGAGCAGUGCCCUCUGCAAAGGAAAGGGCUUAGGGCUGGCAGCUUAAGGGAAUAUGAGGUCUGCUUACUGCAUUACCAUCAUGGAUAUUAUGGGAACGUGCUCUAUUGUUGAGAUGAACCCCAGACCUUUCGGCACAGCAUUUCAACACGCUAGUGCUCUAACUAGUUCUCCAGUGACAAAAAAUGCAAAUAGGAGCAUGCGACAGUGAUAUUCAGGGAGCGUUUAUAGCCCCCAGGAAACAGGUGCAGAGAGGAAGAGCUGCCAGCUUCCUUGUCACAGCUAAAUGGCAAGUUGUUGAGAUUUACAGCACAGCAUCAGCCGCCAUCUGGUCGGUAACUGCUCUCAGCAUGCCAGGCUCCUCACAAACCCAAACCUAGAGGAACUCAGCCCGACAGAGUUUCACACACCCUGCCUGUUGUGAGCUGGAAUUCAAAUGCUGAAGGCUGACACCGAUGCUGGGUAAGGGGAUACCUGGUGCAUUUACAUCCCUGCACCUGCGCUGCUCUGCGUGGGAGCAGCACUGAGGUCCCCCCAGCCCUAUAAAGCUCCAUUUCCUCACGCAGAACACGCAUCCCAGCUAACCUCGGCUCCAGCACAGCAGAGCUGCCCCCGGUGCAGGAUGGCAGAGCAGCACAACACAACUUCAUCCAGUAGCGCCUUCGUGGUCAUCUUCGCCUUCCAGGCGCUGGCCGGCAUGGGGAUCAAUGCCUUCAUUGUGGCUGCGUCUUGUAUGGCGUGGUUCAAGAAGAAGGGCAUGAACUCUAACGAGAAGAUCUUACUGUUUCUGGGCUGCUUCAGGUUUUGGUAUCUGUGCGCCACGUGGAUAUACCUCAUCAUUUCAGUGUUGUUUCCCCAGAACCUUUUAGACACAGGCAUAUCUCUCACUUUUGCAAUUUUUAUGUGCUUUUUAAGCUCUUCCAACCUGUGGACUUCUACCUGCCUCUAUGCUUUUUACCUUAUGAAAAUUGCCAAUUUCAGGCACCAUUUCUUCAUCUACCUGAAAGCCAGAAUCGACAGGAUUGUGCCGUGGCUGCUGCUGAGCUCCGUGGUUCUGUCCCUGCUCAACUGCAGCCCUUUCCUCAAAGUUAUUGAUGAAGAGAACAGAACCAGCCCCAAUUUCACCACCCAAGGGAUUUUCUGGAAAACGAACGAAGAAAUAAGGAAACAUUUUAACAGCAUAAUUUCCAUCUGCACAUGUGGGUUUUCCAUGGCAUUCAUAUUGGUAACCCUCUUUGCCUUCUUCCUCCUCUUCUCCCUCUGCAGACACAAGCACAAGAUGCAGACCAGCUCCACCAGGAGCCUCAGCAUGGAUGCCCACAUCAAAGCCAUGAAAUCCCUUCUGUCCUUCUUCUUCACCUUCAGCAUUCAUUACAUCUUGUUGAUCACAACAGUGUAUUACAGCAGCAAGGAAAAUUUCCUGGUGUUACUCCUUUUGGUCCUUCAAUACUCUUUUCCGGUCAUUCAUUCCCUUAUUCUGAUUUUUAGCAACCCCAGACUGGAAAGGAUAGCACUAAGGAUUCUGCCCUGUGCAAAGUGCAAGGAGUGCGCCAGGCAGCCCACCGAAACACCGAUGCUUUGUUCUUAACCUCAGGUCCUUCCAUCUCCAAUGGAGUCCUCAGGUGAUGCAGGUCUUCUACCUUCUUCUAAAGUCAAACAACUCAUUACAAUUCUUUGAACUACAAUCUCGUGAGCUGAAUGAAUUACUGUUAUUGCUUGAUCUGAGUAAGUCUUUGAGAUAAAUUACUGUUGGUAGCCAAGCAACGCGGUCCUGUGAUUUAGUGAUUCUGCCACCUGCUGCCGCCGUUUUACUAGGCCUGGUUCUACCCGUGGACUCUGUCUCUGUAAAACACUCAGGAAUCACAGAACAGGUUG